AUGGGUUCCGGAAGCUCCAAGCCGCAAGGCUCGCAAUAUGUCUUUGCUGCCGCAACAGANGACAGUCCCGUCAGCUUCUCUCCCUCGGUCGUCGACUCGCUACAGAACAGCCCCGAGUCCGACUCGACCCGCCAGCGCAACCUCGAACUCCAAAUCCAACAGCGCGUGACGGCCGAACUCGAGCGCAUCCGCGCAGAAGAAGCCCAGCGCCUCGCCCAAUACACCGAGCGCCUAACUCCCUCAUCCGACGACUCGACCUCGGAUGACUCGCCCUCGCUCAAAGAAAAGAUCUCGUCCGCCCUCACACCCUCGUCAUCCCAACACAAGGACCGCAGCAACGACAGCGUGUCCAAAGAAGUCGCCGACCUGCGCAGCAAACUCGAGCGCCGCAAAAGCUCGAGCAANUCUCCCGAUGCUGCUGUUGAAAAGGCAAAGGAUGGAUUGGUGCAGUGUUUGAGGUUGAACGAUCGCAGACCUUUGGAUUGCUGGGAGCAGGUUGAGGCUUUCAAGGCAGAGGUUGCUAAGCUUGAGCAAAAGUUUGUCGACAGGGCUUUGCGAUGA